AAAAAAAAAAAAAAAAACCCAACAUCAAAAUGAAAAAUGAGAAUGAGAAAGAAAAAUUAGCGUUAUGAGGCUGAGAUGGUGCUGUGUUCUAGAACGCGAAUGGUGGUGGAGGUAAAUUUGGAAGCCGAGGGGAACUGGACGCUGGGCGGGCGAUGGCGCGGCUCUUUGUCGGCGUCUAGUGAUCUGUCAUGUCAUGAGGAGCAUGUGAGGUGGAGUUGGAUGUGGAGGUGGAGUGGAGUAUGCUAGCAAAGAAAUAGAGUGAGAAAAGUCUGGAGUCGAGAAGACCGAAUUUAAGGUUGAUUUGAGUUUGAG